AUGGCCGUCGUCUCUAAGCCCGCUGGCGCUCUUAGCAGCCUCGUCUUCCUUCUUCAGCUUCUUACUCUCGCCUCGGCCGAGGGUUAUGGAUAUGGCGGUGCCGCUUCCUCUUCAGUAGCUGUCUCUACCACUGCUGCUGGCUACAAUGCUGCUCCCGUCCCAUCUUCGUCUGCCGCUCCUUACGUCCCGAGCAGCAGCGUAGUCGUCUCGGUCCCGACUGGUGGAUACGGCAGCGGCCCCUCGUCCUCUGCAGCAGCUUCUGCUCCUGUUCCUACCCCAUCUGCCGGCGGAUCGUACGGCGGUGGUAACAGCGGAAACGGAGGACACGGAGGCUAUGGAGGGCAUUCAGGAAAGCCCAAGCCUUCUGGUCACGGAGGAUAUGGCAGUGGUAAUGGUCAUCAAUCUGCCGGCCACGGCUCGUACGGUUCGGGCAACAAAGGCCAUGGAUCUUACGGAAACGGAAACCAAGGCAGCGGUCAUGGUCAGCAAUCUGGCGGCCAUGGAUCGUACGGGUCAGGUAACAAGGGCCAUGGUAGCUACGGAGGGCACAAAGGUUCGGGCAACAACAACAACCACGGUGGCUCUUACGGAGGAGGCAACCACCACGGUAGCGGUAACGGUAACGGCUACGGCUCGCACCAAGGCAGCGGAAAUGGAGGCUCCUACGGAGGAGGAAACUCGAACAACGGUGGCUCAUACGGGGGUGGUAACUCGAACAACGGCGGUGGCUCCUAUGGCGGCCAGCAGCCCCACUCCAGCGCCGACGCUGCUAUGCCGACUCCUACGCCUUCUGCCGGGGGUAACGGUUAUGGCUCGGGUCCCUCUGUUCCUUCCAUCCCGUCCAGCAGCGCGGAUAACUAUGGUUCUGCGCCCUCUGCUCCCGCUGUUCCAUCCAGCAGCGCGGAUAACUAUGGUUCUGCGCCCUCUGCGCCCGCUGUUCCAUCCAGCAGUGCUGCCGGCAAUGGCUACGGCUCAGGUCCUUCCGCCCCGGCCACCACACUGCAGACCAUUGCUUCGAGCGCCCCAGCCAGCUCUGCGUAUUCUCCUGCUACUAGCGCCGCAGGCAACUACGGUUCGGGCUCUGGUUCCGGCUACGGCACUGGCAACAGCUACUAG